AUGGAUGAAGAAAGUGCGAAAUACAAUUUGUACGGGUUUAUACAUCACCGUGGUGGAUCAGGAAGUGGGCAUUAUAUUGCUUAUGCCAAGAAUCCAACUGAUGGAAAUUGGUAUGAAUACGACGACACGUAUGUUACUAAAAAGUCAGAAGCCGAAAUAUCUCGUCUAGAGGCAUAUGUAUUAUUCUACCAACGAACCAGUCCCAAAAAGGAGGACGAGAGGAGAGAGAUUCUCGAUAAAAUUAACAAGGAUUCGUCGUCUACAGAAGCACAUUUCUGGAUUUCCCGAUUGUGGUUUAACAGGUGGCGAUUUAUGACGACGCCCGGUCCUAUAAGCAACUAUGAUUUCAUUUGUUCUCAUGGAAGCAUAAAUUAUAAGAAUUGUAAUAAAAUCCGUGACAUGGUGGUCAAAGUUCCAUUCGGAGUGUACAAAACUCUAUCUGAGAAAUAUGGUACAGACGGGAGUCCACCCUUUCUUGCGAACAGUAAUGGCACCCCGGCUUGCAUGAUAUGUCAGCAAGAUGAAAUACUAUUGGAGCAUCGAAGGCGUAAGGAGAAAAAUGAUAUUGAUAGAAUGAAUUCCAAAACCAUAGGUGGUGGAGAAUAUUGGUAUAUGAUAAGCACGACCUGGUUACAGUGUUGGCACACUUUCAUAGCCGGAGGACUGUUGCCUGGGUCAAUCGACAAUACCAUCUUUCUCAGAGAAGAUGGGAGACCCAGACCUGGUAUGAGAAGAGGAAUUCAUUACAGUGCUGUAAAUGUGAAAGUUUGGACGUACUUUGAACAUUCUUAUGGAGGUGGACCAACAGUCGUCAGAGCUUCCCCUGAUUUAUAUUCUCAACCGCCUUUCUAA